UUGAUACAUUUACUCAUAUCAAAAGUCCAGCAAGCAAUCUGUCCCAAGUGGAUCCUAUUCAGAUGAUCAGGAUCGUCGACUACGUGGAUUGAUCAAAGUUUAAAAAGUCAUGAUGACCAACCAAUGGGAAGAUAGAAGUAUCAUGGUAGUAGAUACUUGAUAUCAAGAUAAGGGGUAAGGCUGUCUGCAGCAAGCAAUAUCGUCUUCCGACAACAAAGAAAGCCAUCUUCUUUACUCUUAAAAAUCUUUCCAAAUGUUAAGUGCGAGUAUAACUGUUGUUGGUGCGCCCAUCGCCACCCGUUAUGGCGGUGCCGCCGCCGUCAAAGCAUUCGCCUUUCCCACCGUCAGUACAAGGCAGUGUUCGCAGUUAACACCAUUGCAACUGUCAACAAGUAGCAGCCGUGGUUACGGGUGCUCUUUCUCCUCCUUUAAGACUGCUGUUGCCGCUGUUGAUUCCGACCAGCUGACUCCCGACAAGCAACAAGCGAACAAGUAUUACUUUGUUGUUGCAAAUGCAAAGUUCAUGUUGGAUGAAGAGGAGCACUUCCAAGAGCUCUUGUUUGAGCGCAUUCGUAACUAUGGAGAACGCAACAAAGACCAGGAUUUCUGGCUUGUGGUUGAGCCCAAGUUCUUGGAUAAAUUCCCCAACAUUACCCAGAGGUUAAGGAGACCAGCUGUUGCCCUUGUUUCUACUAAUCGUCCCUGGAUCACGUUCAUGAAAUUAAGAUUGGAUCGAGUGUUAUCAGAAAGCUUUGAAGCUGACAGUCUAGAAGAAGCUUUAGCCUCCAACCCUACCACUCUGGAGUUUGAGAAGCCAGAAAACUGGGUUGCACCCUAUCCAAAGUAUGAGUACGGAUGGUGGGAGCCCUUCUUGCCAUCUGGAUCUAAAGAAUCCAAAGUAUAGUAUGCUAACCUCCCUCCUUUUUGUAUGUGCAUGCAUGUGUCUGUACUUGAUUUAUUCUCCCAGAUGAUGAGGAAUCAUAGACUCACAGUCAUAUUUUGCAAACUGGAAAUCUAAUUUAAUUAGUCAGUCUGCAUAGAGCUUGAGUUAUACAAUAGUUCAAGGUUACCAUGAGUGUUUGUUCUUGUGAAACUGAGACCUAGACUAGUACUUGAGUUCUACAUAGAGUUGCUAAAUCCAAACCUGUUUGUGAAAAAUAUAUCAACGAUAUCUAA